GGUUCAGUGACAAACUGUUGUACAGAAAAAUUGAUAGAUCAUAGUACUCUCUGAUCUGCAACCCUUCAAACAGCCCCAAUGAGUUCCUCCAGCCUAAUUCGUCCGGGUCUUACAACGGCCAUCCUUGGCCAGCUACCGGCCAUCAAGCUACGUCUAAGGAAGAAGGUUCCUCUGCUGACCUUCCGCGAAGUCCGCCGAGCCCGAAUCCCCCUGUACGAGGCCUUCGCCAGCGAGCUGUACGAGUCUGGACACGUCAACGGGGCUUUCUUGAUGCUCCAGCUGAUCGAAUUCGAGCACGAUCACGUGCCCCGAACCUCCCAGCAAACGAUCGAGGAUCGCCGGCUGAAGAAUUCUAAAAAUCUACUCAAUUUCCUGUUCAAAACGCUGCGCGAGGCAGAAAGCUAUAAAAUCGCCCAGAACUACGAGGCCGAGGUGGAGCACCUGUUGAUGAUCGCCCGGUCGUUUCUGGACGAUUCCCAGAAACGCUGGAUUUCCCGGCAGUUCUUCCUCAUCGUUUUGGAUCGCUGUGCGGACUGUCGACUGUGCGAGCUGCAGAUCGGGGCGUUGAUGAGAUAUCACUACGGGAUGUUCCUGUUGGAGGAAAAGAAGCUGGACGAAGCGAUCGAACAGCUGGAGUUGGCAAGGGAUCUGUCCACCGGUCAGGUUUGGAAGCUUGAGAAAGAUCAGGACUUUGGAUCUCCGCUGAUGAUCAACGAAAUUCAGCAUCAACUUUAUCUGGUUUACUCAAAGAUGUGUGAACGCUUCAAGAAAACUGAUCCCGAUCGUUACGAGUUAUACCUCCGUUUGAGUCACAAGGCAGCCGUUGAAUCCAACCUCGAACAUGUCGCGUGUGAUUCGUACUUGAACUUUGGGGAUUUUUUGCUGGACCAGGGGGAAUACCGGGACGCGCUGGAGUGCUACAAAAACUCUUUCAAGCGCGCCAAGAGUACGUAUGCGGAGGAUAAGGUUUGCAAAACCCACAUCCGUAUGGCCGCUGCGUAUCGGAGAUUAAACGAACUCACCGAGUGCAACUUCAUGCUGAACCUGGUGGACAAACUGUCCGCCAAGGACCACCACACCGAGUGCUACGCCGAGUAUCAGGUCCUGAUCGGGGAGAUCCACUUCGAGAACGGUCGCCUGGACGAAGCCCGCCAGGCCUUCCACCGGGCUCGCGAGGUCUACAAGGUGCUCAAGAAGGAAGACCGCAUGGUGCAGGCGUGCAUCUUCGGGGCGUUGGCCCACGGCGAAACGCACUUUGGCCUGUACGCGAACCUGGUCAAGAAGGCCGAAGUUCGCGGACUGGUGUCGGACAACGAGAACCUCUUCAAGCUGCUCCGGUUCAACGUCGACAACGAUCCGUUCUGGUGUGACCGAAAGUGCUCGACUAUGACCAGCUCACAGUAGCCAUAAAAUAGUGGCUUUGUGGACACGCCGUAGAUCCUGUUGGCAAAACGUAUCCUAAGCUCAGUUCUAAAUUAAUUUGCUGCAGCGAUCGUAAAACAUUUCGGAAUAAAUUACGACUUCAGCGUCGACA